AUGAGUACCCCAAGGAAGGCCACCAGUGAUAAAGAAGACGCGGAAGUCUCAGAGAUCAGAACGCCUUUUCGAGAAAGAGCGCUUGAAGAACAACGUCUCAAGGAUGAGAUACUGAUCAGAAGUACACCAGGCUAUAGGAAACUCAUAUCCACCUCUGUCAAGUCCCAUGAUAUUCUCAACAAAGACCCCAAAGAAGUACGAAGUUUCUUGCAAGAUUUGAGCCAAGCUCUAGCACGCGAAUCGCAAGAUAACGAUACAAAUGCAAACGAGAAUCGAGCUCGUAACCUGAUAGAUGAAUUAACGUACGAGGAAAACCGAAUAGAGGAUGACAAUUUCCUCCAGAGUAGUAGUGGGAAGACCACAGAUAGCAACAAUGAUUAUGACACGCAUGCAGGCUACACUUCGUUAUCACAAACUGUGUUUGCACAACUACAAGAAAGAGAUAAAGGCAUUAAAAGCAGGAAGAUUGAUCCGAUCAUUAUACAAGAUGCUCUAAUGGCAGAAGAAGAGAACGAGUUCCAAACAACUCCCUCACGAGAUGGUAAAAGUAUCUCUAUGAAUGUUUUGGAGACGCCACCUGGCUUUGGGAGGGAUCGCACAGAUGAACUGUCGAUGCAUGGUCAGAAGUCGAUCCCUAUAACAGAACAAGAUGAAGGACUGUCUGAACCAUUGCCCGAUCCAUCUUCAAUGAAUAGAGAAGAAGAAGAAGGGGAGGAGGAAGAAGAGGAAGAGGAAGAAGAGGAAGAGGAAGAGGAAGAAGACGGUGCGUUCAAGGAUACAAAUAACGAGGACGCAGACAAUCCGGUACAUGAUCCCACGCGUUUGCAUGUUCCUACAAUAAGACAUGCUACGGUGAAACCGUUAGAAAUAAGGGACUUAAAGCAUUUAACAAGACAAUUUUUAAACGAAAAUGAAAUAAUAUUACCCAACCAAUCAUGGUCCGCCAUACAGGAAGAGUCUUUGCACAUAAUGGACUUUUUAAAUCAGAAACUGGGGUCAUUGCAAAAGCAAGAUCUUGUGGAUUCAUUUAUCGACAUGGGUAUUAUUCAAAACGUUGACGAUAUGUUCGAGCUCGCGCAUGAAUUGCUUCCCUUGGAACACCAAUCAAAGAUCGAAACUUACUUAUUCUGA